AGUAACUGUUUUCUGCGCAAAUACAUUACAAAAUGAUGCCGCCGGAGCUAAUGUCCCAAACGGCAAAUGGCGGCGAGAAGGAAGGGAGUCGAUGCAAUGAGAUGGAUCCGCUGCGGUUGACCACGCUGAUCCUGAGCGCGGAUCCGCGGUACCGCAUCAAACCAAUGCAGCAGGUCAUGUCUGCCCUCGUCGGUGGCCUCAUCACGACGUUUGUGGUGACGCCCCUGGAAGUUGUGAAGACGCGCGUCCAGACCCAGCAUGCGAUUCGCCAGCGACCGACUGUUUCCAAGAUCUGCUACGUCUACCACAACGGACUGAUGACCCACGUGUGUCGCUCCAGCGACAUCUGCGUCCCAAAACCAGGCCGGGAUCCGAGAAACCUCCGGCCCCUACGUGGCGCCAUGGAUGCCUUUGUCAAGAUCAUCUGCAAUAGUGGCUUCAGCGGCUUGUGGGCGGGCCUUAGUCCCACGUUAGUUUCGGCCCUGCCCUCCACGAUUAUCUAUUUCCUGACGUACGAGUAUAUCAAGAAUUCGCUGUCACACUUCUACUUGGUCUCGCAGAAGUUUGAGGGAUCCGGCAUCGAGGACCAAGUGCCUGGAGCCGACGGUGGCGAUCCCCUUGACCAGGCCACCAAAGGAAUAAAUGUGAGCGCCACCGCGCCAUCGGUAACCACCACAUCGCUGCCCUACUACGUGCCUAUGGCCUCGGGCAUUUGCUCGCGCACCAUUGUGGUCACGGCCAUCACGCCCAUCGAGAUGGUGCGCAUCAAGAUGCAGUCGGAGUACAUGACCUACUCAGAGCUCUGGCGUGUGUUGCGCUCGUUAAUCCGCCGGCACGGUAUCCUGGGUCUGUGGCGGGGCUGGCCACCCACCGUGAUGCGGGACGCACCCUUCUCAGGGACCUACUGGGCGGUCUACGAGGCGAUGAAGCGGGCCUUCAGCGUAACGGAGCCCACAUUCCUCUUUAGCUUCCUCACAGGCGCCAUCUCCGGAGCGGUGGGUGAGGGUGAGCAGAGCUCUGCCACACACCGUAAACCAUAG